AUGUCGCUGCUGCGCUCGGUCUCGCAGACUCAGGUCUCCGUCAUCUCGAAACGUGAUGUGGGAGUGCUCGCCACCUUUGGGACUGACUUUCGCUCAGCCCCGAUGCCGCCGAGGCCACCCGUCACUGGAGUUCUGGAUGAUUGCUUGUGUGAUGUUGACAGCAUCGACCACUUCAACACCUUCAAGAUCUUCCCCAAAAUAAAAAAGCUGCAAGAACGAGACUACUUCCGCUACUACAAGGUCAACCUGAAGCGCCCGUGUCCUUUCUGGGCAGAAGACGGCCACUGUUCCAUAAAGGACUGUCACGUGGAGCCCUGCCCAGAGAGUAAAAUUCCCGUUGGAAUCAAAGCUGGAAGUUCCAAUAAGUACCUGAAAGUGGCCAACAAUACGAAAGAACUGGAUGCUUGUGAACAAGCAAAUAAGCUGGGAGCGAUUAACAGCACAUUGAGCAAUCAAAGCAAAGAAGCUUUCAUUGACUGGGCAAGAUACGAUGAUUCACAAGAUCACUUCUGUGAACUUGAUGACGAGCGGUCGCCCGCGGCGCAGUACGUGGACCUGCGGCUGAACCCCGAGCGCUACACCGGCUACCGCGGCUCCUCGGCCUGGAGGGUGUGGAACAGCAUCUACGAGGAGAACUGCUUCAAGCCCCGCUCCGUCUACCGCCCCCUGAACCCCCUGGCACCCGGCCGAGGAGAAGAUGAUGGAGAAUCAUUCUACACCUGGCUAGAAGGCUUGUGUCUGGAGAAGAGAGUCUUCUACAAGCUUAUAUCGGGGCUGCAUGCUAGUAUCAACUUGCAUCUGUGUGCAAACUAUCUUUUGGAAGAAACCUGGGGUAAGCCUAGCUGGGGGCCUAACAUCAAGGAGUUCAAGCGCCGCUUUGACCCUGUGGAAACCAAGGGAGAAGGUCCUAGAAGGCUGAAGAACCUGUACUUUCUGUACCUGAUUGAGCUUCGCGCGUUGUCCAAGGUGGCGCCGUACUUCGAGCGCUCUGUCGUUGAUCUGUACACUGGAAACAUGGACGAGGACGCCGACACCAAGGCCCUGCUGCUGGACAUCUUUCAAGACACAAAGUCCUUCCCCAUGCACUUUGACGAGAAGUCCAUGUUCGCCGGCGACAGACAAGGGGCCAAGUCCCUGAAGGAGGAGUUCCGGCUGCACUUCAAGAACAUCUCCCGCAUCAUGGACUGCGUCGGGUGCGACAAGUGCCGGCUGUGGGGGAAGCUGCAGACACAGGGCCUGGGGACUGCCCUGAAGAUACUGUUCUCGGAGAGAGAGAUCCAGAAGCUCCCAGAGCACAGCCCAUCCAAGGGCUUCCAGCUCACACGGCAGGAGGUGGUGGCCCUCCUAAACGCCUUCGGCCGGCUUUCCACAAGUAUCAGAGAAUUACAGAAUUUUAAAGUCUUAUUGCAGCACAGUAGGUAAUAAAGGCUUUUCAGUGUCCACUUAGAGACAUAAAGUAACUGUGUGAAUGAAGACUUGGUCAGAUAGUUCAGCAGGAGACUGAUCUUCAAAGACUUCAAAAAUAUUGAACUCUUUAAAGAAAAAUUGUAAAUGUCUAGAGUAUUUAUGAUUCUUAGUUGAUUACCACGUAGAGCUAUUUAUAAAUGAAGUAUAUGCUUUGAAAACAUGUAAGUUAUACUAAUUGUGUUUUAAUUUCCUGCUUUCUAUCUGUUGAGCAUUGUUUGCUUAGAAUAGAUUUACUGUUUCCAGUUGUCAAACAAAAUGAUUAUUUUCCCUUCUCGUAACGAUAUCAGUAGGCUGUUACUAGAGGAGCAAUAAGGGAACAAAUGAUGCUUCAGACUGUAUCAGUGAUCAGAAUUUUCAGUGAUGCCUGAGUGUGUUUUAGCCAAGACUCCUACAUUAGCACCUCUGCAACUGCCUGCAGCUGUCAGCGUGAUGGCAGCUUGGCAGUUCGUUGCAAUAGCAGGUGCUAGGAACCCCCAGGAGUCCAAUAUCACUGUUUUUAUUUAAGAUGCUACCUGCUGCUGCCGUUUCGGCCUGAGACCCCACGUCAGUUAGGGCACAGGUGUUGCCCUGUGCUCCCCGCCUCAUUGCCCGGGUGAGGGGCGUGAAUCAGGGCUCCUGAAUAACCUAAAAUUCAGCUUUUUGAGCUCUGCAUUUCCUUUCAUUUUGCUUGUCUUUGUCCCAUCCCAAUUUAUAAAUGUUCACUUAAGAAAACAAAAGAAAAAAUAUUUAGUAGUCACCACCUUGAUAAAAUGUGAAUGGAAUCAUGUGACUUUAUAAUGUGAGUUUAAACAUAUCCAUAGAAAUUACUAUUUUAAAGCCAGUGUUUUUUAAAAUUUUUACUGUAGAUUACGGCCUGUGCCAUCCCCUCUCAGUCUGACUUCCUUCUUUAGCACAUUUACACGAGGGGUCGGUUCAAGCCUCCGAUAAGCUUCCCUUUCCCACCUUUUCGUUUUCGUUCACGCAGACAAGCGUCCCCAUGUUAGCAUCCGCCGGCCGCUGACUUACGUGUCCCAGACCACCGUUUCCCGCACCUGGACUUAAGUGCCGUCCAUAUUUAAGACAGGGGGUCUUUUACAGUGUUAGUAGCUGGCGUGGCUCACCUGGAGAGCUGUGCCGCAGAGAGGUGCCGCACAGCACGGCCCCUCUCAGACCCGUCAGCCUUCCGUGACGUAAAUAAGUGCUCUUAACCCCUGUCCCUGCCCGAGUCUGAAGUGAGUCCAGUGAGGACUCAGUGAUGUGUUUUAAAUUGUACUUCCAUGGCUCACCCUCUCUUAAAAGAAUUCAGCCAGCCGCAAGAAGAGAGCUGCCUGGAGAGAGAUGGCAUUCGCCUGGCGUCAGGCGUGACCUCCAGGGCCAGACGGUGUUGCUGACGGUGGGGUGGCGGGUCGCUAACUGGAAAGGGAAAGGCUGCUUGCCCACCCUGACCGUGUUCGCGCCUCACUUCCAGGGAUAAAACUGUUGAGAGGUGGGGAGGUGGCGCAUGUAAGCUUGUCUCAGAGGUGAGCGGGCCCGCAGCCCGGCUGGUAAACUCACCGUUUUGUGUUCACUGAGAGUUUAAUGCGACAGUUUUGCACUUUAUCUGUUACUGUAAGUUUGAAACUCUCCUGGUAGCGUCACUUCUCUGUUCCCUCAGUUACAGAUAAGGCCUCUGGAGAACGUCUUAGGUCGUCUGCCGUCACUGCCUGUUUGUUUUCUUUAUUGUGUGUGUGUUUCAAACUUAGGAAAAUUUGUACAGUAGAGUGGCUUCUAGAAAAUGAAAAGGUCUGGUUAGGGUAAAGUUCUUUCCAGGGUUUUAACAAAUUUUUUCAGCACCAGGAAAAUAAGUGAAGUAUUCGCAAGCUGGGAUUUGUUUGACUGACUUUAUUUUCCUAAGAACUACGUGGGGUGGCGGGCUACAUGCUCGCAUUUCAUAAAUGACUGUGUCAGCUAUAGGCAUGUGCUCGAGUCUGGCCAUGUUUUUGGUGCGCCUCGGGAUAGAGAUGCCUUUCCAGCCACACACCACUUGUAGUGAGGCGAGCGGAGGACUGAGCGGUUGCGGGGAUGCUUGGAGCUGACGCUGCGUGGCUUUUCUUACCGCAUCACCUAAUUUAAAAAUUCAGGACUUGAUAAUCUAAACGACAGAAAUGAUUGUACCAGCUGAUGAAGGGAUGAAAGUGAAGAAAAGGAAUGUAUUCCUUCCUUCAAGAGCAUGAGUUUAUAUUUUUCCUAAAUGGCAUCUAUGUACGUUAGAAAUAAUAUAUAUUAAAAUUGGUACAAUUUGAAUGUUUCCCUUGUGUUGAUUCUUAGGAGAUGGGGAGGAUCAGACAGAGCAGUAACAAAUUUCAGUUUUUGAAAGUCAAAUGUUUUAUGAUCACGUUAACGCUGCGAAUGCCUCGGCACUUGCGAAGAGCGGGAUGGUUGUGUAUUUGUCACUGUGCUGCGUGUUCCAGCUUUCCCUAGGUGCCACUGUAUGUCAGGACAGCUGUUUUGAUCUUCAUCAGCAUUGCCAUCAGCUGGAAAUCUGGAAGCAGCUGACAGUUGCAAACUGAAGCGCCUGCAGAAACCAUAGUACUCACCAGUGUACACGGAAGGAGCACAUGGUGCCACGGAAGUGACUGGGCCAAGAGCAGUGCAGAC